AAGACAUUUUGACAAAAUUUAAGCCCUUCCGCUUCUGCGCAAAUCUCGGGAAAAGCGUUAAAAGAAACAAUUUUUUUUUGAGAAAAUACUUCCGGUCCGAGAAUAUUCAAAUGGUCUUGGGAUGUUCCUCUUCGAUUCUAUGAAUGUUACCAUCAUGAGACCACCCUAGUCGGCUACUUGGCUGCAUGCAAAAGCUUUUCCAAAGAAACUUUCAAGAUCCUCUCUUGUAUGUUUAAGUCCACAAAGAAAAAGGCAGAGGAAAAGUCAAAGUAGCGGGGCUCAUUGAUCCUGAAUGCCUAUCUUUUCUUCUUCUUCUUUUUAAUAAGUUUUGUCGAGUAGUAAUGUUUCCCUCAAUUUCUUUCAUUUUGCACAACUUGCUUGCAUCUCCAUAGAAACUCUAGCUUUGGCUAAUGGUAUACACUCUCUUCUCUGGAAUAGUCCUGACUGUACACCACUCCUCUGAAGUUCGUUCUUUCUCUUGCUUGCAAAUUGUAUGACAAAAUGAGGCUUUUUAUUGGUAAAUUAUAGAGGAAGAUUUCAUUUUCUGCCUAGACAACAAUGGCUAACGAGAAAGACGGAGAUGAACACUCACGAAUGGGGCUAAUAGAUGAUCACACAAGUCCAUCCCGGGCGCUCGAGACAGCAAAACAUGCUUCAAGUGGUUCCAAGGAUAAAGAGGAUCGCUUAACUGGCGUACCUUUUUACAAACUUUUCUCGUUCGCAGAUCCAGUGGACUAUGUUCUGAUGCUCGCCGGUUCUAUUGCUGCGGUUGGGAGUGGCAUCAGCAUGCCCCUCAUGACUCUAUUAUUUGGACAACUGGUCAACUCUUUCAGCGAAACUGGAAAUACCAAAGAAGUGGCAAAUGCAGUUUCCAAGGUUUGUCUGAAGUUUGUAUACUUGGCUGUUGGAUCCGGUGUUGUGGCUUUUGCACAGGUCGCUUGUUGGAUGGUCACUGGAGAGAGACAAGCUGCAAGGAUAAGAGGCUUAUACUUGAAGGCAUUGUUGAGGCAGGAAAUUGGCUUCUUUGACAAGGAAACAAAUACAGGCGAAAUCAUUGGAAGGAUGUCGGGCGACACUGUUCUUAUCCAAGACGCCAUGGGGGAGAAGGUGGGAAAGUUCAUACAGCAAAUUGCCAUAUUCUUCGGAAGCUUUGUUAUCGCCUUCAUCAAAGGGUGGCUUCUCACGCUAGUCAUGUUAUCUUCAAUGCCUCUCCUCAUAUUUUCCGGUGCCGCUUUAAGCAGAACUGUUGGAAAGCUGGCUUCUCGUGGACAAACCUCAUAUUCACAAGCAGCAGCUGUUGUAGAGCAAACAGUCGGAUCGAUAAGAACUGUCGCGUCGUUUACGGGAGAGAAGCAAGCUAUUGCUAUGUACAAAGAAUCUAUGACUAAAGCCUAUGAAUCUGGGGUGCACGAGGGCUUGGUUUUAGGGAUGGUAUCUGGUACACUUACGUUCAUCGUGUUUCGCACUUAUGGGUUGGCGAUUUGGUUCGGUGGGAAGAUGAUCCUGGAGAAUGGGUACACAGGGGGGGACAUUGUUAAUGUUGUUGUCAGCGUAUUGACUGGAUCAAUGGCUCUAGGACAGGCAUCUCCAUGCAUGAGUGCAUUUGCUGCGGGACAAGCUGCGGCACUCAAGCUGUUCGAGGCUAUCAACAGGAAGCCACGGAUAGAUGCUUACAAUCCUUCGGGACGAACACUAGAGGGCAUUCGUGGCGAUAUCGAACUGACGGAUGUGUAUUUCAGUUACCCUUCUAGGCCAGAUGAACAAAUAUUUAGUGGAUUCUCUCUUUCCAUACCUAGUGGUACGAUUACUGCUUUGGUUGGAGAGAGUGGAAGUGGGAAAUCAACUGUUAUCAGCUUGAUUGAGAGGUUUUAUGAUCCGGACGCCGGAGAAGUUCUUAUCGAUGGCAUCAAUCUCAAAGAGCUUCAGCUCAGAUGGAUUAGACAAAAGAUCGGGCUUGUCAGUCAAGAGCCGGUGUUAUUUACUUCUAGCAUUGGGGAAAAUAUUGCGUAUGGGAAGGAAGGCGCGGCUGCUGAAGAAAUCAGAGCAGCUGCUGAGCUCGCAAAUGCCACUGAAUUCAUUGACAAACUACCUCAGGGAAUGGACACGAUGGUUGGCGAGCACGGAACUCAGUUGUCUGGAGGACAAAAGCAAAGAGUUGCAAUAGCUAGAGCGAUUCUAAAGGACCCGAGAAUUUUGCUUCUAGACGAAGCUACAAGUGCCCUGGAUGCAGAAUCUGAGAGGACUGUGCAGGAGGCACUUGAUAGGAUCAUGGCCGAUCGGACCACUGUCAUUGUAGCCCACCGACUUAGCACAAUAAGAAACGCAAAUACAAUUGCAGUGAUACACCGUGGAAAAAUCGUUGAGAGAGGUUCACAUUCUGAGCUGGUCAACGAUGGCAAUGGAGCAUACAGCCAGCUUAUACGAUUGCAAGAAAUGGCAUUUGUGUCAGAACAAAAGGAGACGAUCAAUUUGGGUGAGCAGGAAAUCGCUGUUGAUUCCUGGAGGAAUUCAAGUCGAAGGAUGUCCUUCCAGCGUUCAAAUAGUCACGGAUCCUCGACUGGAAGUACCAGUCACCGCUCGUCUUCAGUUGCAUUUGGUUUGCCUGCCGCCGGGGUUGGCAUCCUGGAAAUGGAAUCAGACAAACCAGCCAAUAAUUCGUGCUCGGCAACAACGAAAAGCCCUCGGGAUGUUUCUCUCCGACGAGUGGCUUAUCUAAAUAAGCCAGAAAUCCCAGUUUUAGUGCUAGGAACUUUAGCAGCUGCUGCAAACGGAGCAAUUUUUCCCAUUUUUAGCAUUCUCAUCUCUGGUGUAAUCAAAGCUUUCUCCGAGCCACCCCACGAGCUCCGCAAAGGAACAAAGUUUUGGGCUUUGAUAUUCCUUGCUCUUGGUUCGGCGUCCCUUUUGGUCUAUCUGAUGAGAUCCUACUUUUUCACUGUGGCCGGGUGUAAGUUGAUCGCACGAGUCCGGACUAUGUGCUUUGAGAAAGUGGUUCGCAUGGAAAUAAGUUGGUUCGAUGAAGUAGAGCAUUCAAGCGGUGCCGUAGGUGCUAGGCUCUCUACUGAUGCGGCCGCUUUAAAAAUUCUUGUGGGGGGUGCGCUCGGUCUGAUUGUUCAGAAUAUCGCGACGGCCAUUGCUGGUUUCGCUAUUGCUUUUGCAACAAAUUGGCAGUUGGCUUUGAUAAUUCUCUCCUUGUUUCCUUUCUUUGGAAUCAAUGGUUACGUUCAAAUGAAAUUCAUGGCAGGGUUUAGCGCAGACGCCAAGAAAAUGUACGAGGAAGCGAGUCAAGUUGCCAAUGAUGCAGUGGGAAGUAUCAGAACAGUUGCUUCUUUCUGUGCUGAAGAAAGGGUGAUGGAUUUGUACCGGCGAAAAUGUGAAGGCCCGACGAAGAAAGGAAUAAGGCAGGGACUAAUAAGUGGGAUAGGAUUCGGGUCGGCCUUGUUUUUCCUUUAUGCACUCUAUUCGUGCGGCUUCUACGCCGGAGCCAGGCUAGUCGAGCAAGGCAAGAUGACGUUCUCCGAAGUUUUUCGCGUUUUCUUUGCUCUUGGCUUGGCAUCAGUCGGAAUAGCCCAGUCGAGUUCUACUUUCACAGAUGCCACCAAGGCAAAGAGCUCGGCUGCUUCCAUAUUCAAGAUCCUCGACAGGAAAUCCAAUAUAGAUCCUGGCGACGACUCGGGUAUAAUGAUAGAAAAUCUCAAAGGAGAUAUCGAGUUUGACCAUGUCAGUUUUAGUUAUCCCACCAGGACCAAUGUCCAAAUAUUCCAAGAUCUUUGCUUGGCAAUUCCUUCCAGCAAGACAGUUGCGCUUGUUGGAGAAAGCGGGAGCGGAAAAUCGACAGUUAUCUCGUUGUUGCAGAGAUUUUAUGACCCUGAUGCGGGUAACAUUAUGCUCGACCGCAUUGAAAUCCGGAAACUGCAGCUGAAAUGGUUUAGGCAUCAGAUGGGCCUGGUAAGCCAGGAGCCCGUGUUGUUUAACGACACUAUUCGCGCCAACAUUGCAUACGGGAAGGAAGGGAUCGCGACGGAGGCCGAAAUCAUAGCUGCUGCUGAAUUAGCCAAUGCAAAUGGGUUUAUUAGCAGCUUACAGCAGGGUUACGACACGAUCGUAGGCGAGCGAGGGAUACAGCUUUCUGGUGGACAGAAGCAAAGGGUGGCAAUUGCAAGAGCCAUAGUGAAGGCGCCGAAAGUGUUGCUCCUUGAUGAGGCGACGAGUGCCCUCGACGCCGAAUCGGAACGAGUAGUCCAGGACGCUUUGGACCUAGUCGUGGUGAACAGAACCACCAUUGUCGUAGCCCACCGCUUGUCCACGAUCAAGGGAGCCGACAUGAUCGCCGUGGUGAAAAACGGAGUCAUCGCAGAAAAGGGGAAGCACGAAGAUCUGAUCAAGAUAAAGGAUGGCAUGUACGCUUCCCUGGUGGCGCUGCAUUCGAGUACUUCGUCGAAACUACAUGAGAAAGUUCUCGCUCUUUGAUGCACUUCUCUAUGCCGAAAAACUCAUCGUAACUCUCUGCAAAUGCAUGCUGUCCAUGCUAUGCGGCACGGAAGAACAAACCGCAGAUCAAACCUGCCGUCAGGAAUCACGGAAAUGGGGCCAAUCCUAAUC